UAUGUACUAUGACCAACUUCCGUUUGCCGGUCAUGGGACCGAACAACAAAAUGCAUUUAUGUUGACAACCUUCGCGUUUCGGUGUGCUUUCGCCCCCUCCCUACAGUCUUCACUACACGAUUGAAAUGUCAUCGAGACCUGACAGCUUUGCGGAGGUCCCUUUGGCUACUCCCGACACUCCUUUGGAUAACAAACACCCUCUUUGGAUUUCAAGUUCCGAGAUAGCAACUACUACUCCCCACGACUCCUUCAUUUACACUUCAUGCAACUCUUCUCCACUGUUACCAUCUCAACAGCCGGGUCCCAAGUGUGGGGAGGAAAUCACUGCAUCCUCGCCUGAUUCAAAGAAGCGUGCUGCAUACGUACGCCCCGUUCUAUUGUUUCUCUCCGCCGUUCUGGUAGCAGUUGCGGUGGUAGUACCAGUCUACUUUGUUGUGACCAAACACCAGCAUCAUGAGUCGGACAUGACCGAAGGAACCGGUUCUUCGGACCCUUCGUCCAUUGGUUCUAACGCCGGUCCAACUUACGGGGCAAAUGGUUCUACGGUCACUACCUCGGACGGAUCGACUUUCACAUACAUCAAUCCAUUCGGAGGAUACUGGAUAGAUGAUCCUAAUGAUCCGUUCAACGAUGGUGCACGUCCUAACUCAUGGACGCCACCGCUGAAUGAAAGUUGGGUCUGGGGCGCAAAUAAAGUUAACGGCGUAAAUAUCGGCGGCCUCUUUGUUCUUGAGCCGUUCAUUUCACCUGCUCUAUUCCAGAGUUAUCCAGAAGCUAUUGAUGAAUGGUCACUAAGCACACUAAUGGCCGCAGACACUUCCAAUGGUGGAUUGAACCAGAUUGAGGAACAUUACAAAACGUUCAUCACCGAGCAGGACAUCGCAGAAAUUGCUGGCGCUGGGUUGAAUUGGAUUCGUUUGCCCAUACCAUUUUGGGCUAUCGAAAAGUGGGAUUUCGAGCCUUUCCUCGAGCAGGUUUGCUGGCCAUAUAUCUUGCGAGUCCUUCAAUGGGCACGGAAGUAUGGCCUUCGAGUCAAUCUUGAUCUUCACACAAUUCCUGGCUCUCAGAAUGGUUUCAACCACUCCGGCAAGUAUGGGCAAAUCAACUUUCUCAACGGAGUCAUGGGUGUUGCAAACGCUCAACGCGCUCUUGGUUAUAUCAGGAUCAUUGCUGAAUUCAUUUCCCAGCCUGAGUGGAGGAACGUUGUACCGGUCUUUGGCAUCAUGAAUGAAGCUAGGGUUGCUGUCAUCGGCAUGGAUCAGAUGACAUCUUUUUACCUGCAGGCCCACGAUAUGAUUCGCAAUAUCACGGGCUAUGGGGAAGGGAAUGGGCCGUAUAUUGCAAUCCAUGAUGGCUUUCAAGGUCUUUCGUCUUGGGCAGGGUUCUUGGAGGGAUCGGAUCGGAUCAUCAUGGACAGUCACCCUUAUUUUGCCUUCGACGGUAAUUCCAACACCGAUCCGAUAGCGACAGGAACUGGGCAGAAUGCUGGUGGCAUUUGGCCAACUCUAGCGUGUUCGAGAUGGGCAACUGCGAUGAAUACUAGUCAAACAGCGUUUGGCGUCACCUUCGCUGGCGAAUUCAGCAAUGGCUUCAAUGAUUGCGGACUGUACCUCAAUGGGGUGGAGAACACGCAAGACGUGGCGCCCUCAUGCUCCCUCUUUUUAGACUCGUCGCAGUGGAAUGAUACUAUGAAGGCUGGGUUACAGGAAUUCGCAUUGGCGAGCAUGGACGCCCUUCAGGACUGGUUUUUCUGGACCUGGAAGAUUGGGCCGUCAUCUAACAAUACGAUUGCGUCUCCACUCUGGUCGUACCAGCUAGGAUUGCAACAAGGAUGGAUGCCCACUGACCCUCGCAUGGCUACUGGGACUUGCGCUGCACUAGGCGUCACCGCUCAACAGUUCGGCGGCGUUUAUCAGCCCUAUCAGACUGGUGGGCCUGGUGCGGGGACAAUCAAUCCCGUCUUAGUGUCUUCGUAUGGCCAGUAUCCGCCCACGUCCAUUAAUGGGCUCACCACAGGAGCUACACAAUCCUUUCUUCCUACUUACACAUCGACAAGCGCCAUCCCGACGCUGCCGCCACCUACGUUUACUCCAAGUCUUCCGAGUUCGGUCAUCAUCGGGAACGGAUGGUUUGAUUCGUCUGAUACUAGUCUGGCUGCCACAGAAGUCGCUGGGUGUACAUACCCUGAUGCAUGGGAUGCCGUCAGUGUCCCAAUGCCCACUGCUCUCUGUCCUCCUACUGCGAGUGCUACUGCCAGCGCAGUUGUUAGCUCUGCCCCUGCAGUCACGACUUCAUCUUAAUUACCGACUCAGGGACUUCAGGCAUUCUUACUGGGGCAUCGAAUACUUUUAGCAAAUGGCUCCCAAAAUUCCCUAAUGAGAUGAGUACAUUACCUUAAAUACAUCUAAUGUGAGAUUCAAAGGCCAACGCCCGGCGAUUUCAUAUUCGAUUGGAUUGAUACAUAGCAUAAGCUAGGUU